GAAGUUGGCCGAAAACUAAAAGGAAGAAGAAGAAAAAAAGGAGAUUUAUUUUUGAGUAAAAUAGACAAAAAAUUGUUUUUCGUAAAUAAAAAGGAAAAUCGUGAAUUUCCCGAGAAAAUGACAGCAUUUGAUGAAUUUGCCUACUUGCUCAAUUUGAGCGAAAAUCCUACAAUUGAGGAUUUUAUCCUCCUGACAGGGACAAUUGUUGCCCUGGUGGCUUUUAUUUUGUGGUGUUGCUUCCCCACAGUGCCUAAUGCACAGCCGGCAAAGGAAAAUUUUGGGCAGGGAUUCUCAUGCAAUCGCUCAGUUCAGCAUCCCUUUUCGAGUCACCAACAGACCACCUACAGCAAGGACUCCUAUUCGGGGAUAAAUUCAAGAAACUCCUACCACUACUGCACUUAGGGGGAGACGCACGAAGAAACUACUGGUGAUCAUCACUUUCAUUCCCAUGGAUGUGAAAUCAAAAUGAAAAGACAUGCUAUUUUUUUCCUUCUUACCUUUACAAUUUAAACAUAAAAAAAGAACUCAUGAUCUCUCUAUCUAGUCGAAAAGAAGAAUAAUGUAUAAUCUGUCGUAUUAUAAUCGUGUGCAAUGUGAACUGAAGAAAAUAUUUAACAACAAAAAAU